AUGCUGUGGUGUCUGGCUGUCCUGCAGCUGUUCUUGGCUCCAGCUCUCCUGGUAAGAAGACAUGAUGUACAUCUCAAUAGUAUUGUAUUACAUUGUUAUUGUAUUCAGUGAAUACAAAUUGUUACGAGGGGGAAAAAAGUAUGUGGACACCACUUCAAAUUGGUGGCUAUUUCAACCACACCCGUUGCUGACAGGUGUAUAACAUCGAUCACACAGCCAUGCAAUCUCCAUAGACAAACAUUGACAGUAGAAUGGCCUUACUGAAGAGCUCAGUGACUUUCAACGUGGCACCGUCAUAGGAUGCCACCUUUCCAACAAGUCAGUUCGUCAAAUUUCUGCCCUGCUUAAAAAUCUGCCCUCGGUUGCAACACUCACUACCGAGUUACAAACUGCCUCUGGAAGCAACGUCAGCACAAUAGCUGUUCGUCUGGAGCUUCAUGAAAUGGGUUUCCAUGGCCGAGCAGCCGCACACAAGCCUAAGAUCACCAUGUGCAAUGCCAAGCGUCGGCUGGAGUGUUGUAAAGCUCGCCGCUAUUGGACUCUGGAGCAGUGGAAACGCGUUCUCUGGAGUGAUGAAUCACGCUUCACCAUCUGGCAGUCCUACGGACAAAUCUGGGUUUGGCGGAUGCCAGGAAAAUGCUACCUGCCCCAAUGCAUAGUGCCAACUGUAAAGUUUAGUGGAGGAGGAAUAAUGGUCUGGGGCUGUUUUUCAUGGUCCGGGCUCAGGAAAUCUUAACGCUACAGCAUACAAUUACAUUCUAGACGAUUCUGUGCCUCCAACUUUGUGGCAACAGUUUGGGGAAGGCCCUUUCCUGUUUCAGCAUGACAAUGCCCCCGUGCACAAUGUGAGGUCCAUACAGAAAUGGUUUGUCGAAAUUGAUGUGGAAGAACUUGACUGGCUUGCACAGAGCCCUGACCUCAACCCCAUUGAACACCUUUGGGAUGAAUUGGAACGCCGACUUGCGAGCCAGGCCUAAUCGCCCAACAUCAGUCCCCAACCUCACUAAUGCUCUUGUGGCUGAAUGGAAGCAAGUCCCCACAGCAAUGUUCCAACAUCUAGUGGAAAGCCUUCCCAGAAGAGUGGAGGCUGUUAUAGCAGCAAAGGGGGGGGGACCAACUCCAUAUUAAUGUCCAUGAUUUUGGAAUGAGAUGUUGGACAAGCAGGUGUCCACAUACUUUUGGCCAUGCAGUGAAUGUGUUACAGUACUGUGUUAUAUAGGGGGGGGGAGGGGGGGGGUAUAUGUGGUCUGGAGUCAGAAGCUUUGACCACUACACCAGAGUGCGGCACAUGGCAACCUAGUCCUAUAGAGCCCUGUGGACCCUGGUCUAAAGUAGUGCACUACAUAGGGAAUAGGGUGCUAUUUGGGACGGAGACCAUAAUGUGUUGUUGUAUAUGUCCAGCUGCCCAAUGGGGAAUACUGGGAGGAAUGGAGUCCCUAUGGUGAAUGUAGCCGGAGCUGUGGGAGUGGGGUUACCAUGAGAACCAGGAGAUGUGUUACCCAGAGGUAAGAGAUUCUUUCUUUCUUUCUUUCUUUCUUUCUUUCUUUCUUUCUUUCUUUCUUUCUUUCUUUCUUUCUUUCUUUCUUUCUUUCUUUCUUUCUUUCUUUCUUUCUUUCUUUGUUGGACGUGACAUGACUCUUUCCAACAGAGUGUAGCUGUGUUUUACAAGGUACAUCAUGUUUAGGUUGACACAAAGCCACAGAGUGAGAUUGCCAAUGUUAUAAAGAAACACCAUGGAGUUAUGGAUGUGGUUAUGAUGAUAUCAUGUUAUAAAGAAACACCAUGGAGUUAUGGAUGUGGUUAUGAUUGUACUAUGUCCAGGCAAGAUCACAGGGAGUGGCUCUUUAACUUUGAACGGGAUCUAUCUUUAAGUUGGGUGUUGUCUUCUGCGCUGAUAGCGUGCCGUGAAACCAGCAGAAGAUGAGAAGGGAACUAGUUAACUGUGUGUUCGGUUGGGACAGGGCAAGAAACACGUUAUUGCCAGUUCUGCCAUUUUCACGGAACGGUGGUUGUGAGAGAGAGAGAGAGAGAGAGAGAGAGGAGGAAGAGAGAGAGAGAGAGGACGAGAGAGAGAGGAGUAGGAGGAAAAGAGCGAAGAGGAUAGAGGAGCGAAUAGAGAGCGAGAGAGAGAGAGAGAGCGAGAGGAGAAGAGAGAGAGAGAGAAGAGAGACGAGAUGAGGAGAGAGAGAUAGAGAGAAAAAGGAGAGAGAAGAGAGAGAAGAAAAUAAGAGAUUUUUAAAAAUUAGUGAGAGUGGAGAGAUGAGGUAUAGGGGGAAAGAUAAGCCCGAUGUUCUCUCCCCUUUUCUCCCUUGUCCAUUAUCUCCCGUUUUCCAUAAAUCAUAUAGCUGGAAUCCAGCCUGCAUGUUCCCUCUUUGCACUGGUAUAUUGAUCUUAUUUACUGUUAUGGAAAGAGAGGGGAAUGUGAAGUACAGUAUGUGCUUCCCAAAAAAAGCCUCAGGGGGUCAUUGGGGUCACUACACCUCAAACCCUUCCUGCUUGCUUGUAUAUUUUACAUUUACAUUUUCGUCAUUUAGCAGACGCUCUUAUCCAGAGCGACUUACAAAUUGGUGCAUUCAAACCCUUUUAGCCAGUGGGAAACCACUUUACAAUAUGUAUUUUUUAAAUUUUUUUGGGUGGGGGGAGGGAUUAAAUUUAUCCUAUCCAGGGUUUCCUUAAGAGGACUUCAACUUUAUUCAUCAUAGUCUAUAACCUUUCAGUGUUCCCCAGGAAGACCCUGUUUCCGCUAUUCCAAAACACCCCUCCGGGGGUUACUGCACCUACACCUUCCUGAGGUGCUUGCUUGUAUAUGUGGUCCUCUGUAGCUCAGCUGGUAGAGCACGGCGCUUGGUCCUCUGUAGCUCAGCUGGUAGAGCACGGCGCUUGUAACGCCCAGGGUAGUGGGUUCGAUCCCCGGGAACCACCCAUACACAAAAAAUGUAUGCACGCACGACUGUAAGUCGCUUUGGAUAAAAGCCUCUGCUAAAUGGCAUAUUAUUAUUAUUAUUAUUAUUAUAUGAGGGACUCUAUUCUUCCUCUUGUAGCUGUGAUCAAUGCUGCCCAAAAGAUAAACCAGUGGAUUAUGAUGGGGAUCGCAAAACCGUCGUUAGUCAGCAGCUAUCUCUGUCUGAUUGAGGGUUACGUACCCAAUGGAACCCUAUUCACUACAUACUGUACUACAACCCUAUGGGCCCUGGUCAAAAGUAGUGCGCUACAUAGGGAAUAGGCUGCCAUUUGGGACGUAACCAGAGUGAUGGCAAGGGUGAGUCAGGAUUUAGUGUUGUGUUAAAGGAACAACCUCUAAGCUGAAAGUGCUUUUCCAGGGCUGGGCCUGCGGCCUCUGUGCUGAGGGCUGGUGAUGCGUAGAUCUCAGUGAGUUUAUUCAAACAGAGACAGCUUCCUAGACGCGCCGAAGCACAGCUCACUGAUGUCAUGGUUCAUUUCACAUGUAGGUUCUUGUAUUUUGGAUCAGAAAUUAUUUCUGAGUCAAAUAAAAUAAAAUGAUUGUCAGUUGAAGGGACAUGGAAAUAUCGUAAUAAAUACACUACAUGACCAACAGUAUGUGGACACCUGCUUGUCCAACAUCUCAUUCCAAAAUCAUGGACAUUAAUAUGGAGUUGGUCCCCCCCCUUUGUUGCUAUAACAGCCUCCUCUCUUCUGGGAAGGCUUUCCACUAGAUGUUGGAACAUUGCUGCGGGGACUUGCUUCCAUUCAGCCACAAGAGCAUUAGUGAGGUAGGGCACUGAUGUUGGGCGAUUAGGCCUGGCUCGCAGUCGGCGUUCCAAUUCAUUCCAAAGGUGUUCGAUGGGGUUGAGGUCAGGGCUCUGUGCAGGCCAGUCAAGUUCUUCCACACCGAUCUCGACAAACCAUUUCUGUAUGGACCUCUCUUUGUGCACGGGAGCAUUGUCAUGCUGAAACAGGAAAGGGCCUUCCCCAAGUUGGAAGCACAGAAUCGUCUAGAAUGUCAUUGUAUGCUGUAGCGUUAAGAUUUCCCUUCACUGGAACUAAGGGGCCUAGCCCGAACCAUUAUUCCUCCUCCACCAAACUUUACAGUUGGCAGUAUGCAUUGUGGCAGGUAGCGUUCUCCUGGCAUCCGCCAAACCCAGAUUUUUCCGUCGGACUGCGGAAUGCGUUUCCACUGCUCCAGAGUCCAAUGGCGGCGAGGUUUAUACCACUCCAGCCGACGCUUGGCGUUGUCCAUGGUGAUCUUGAGUGUAGCUGGUUGGCUGUGGAAACCCAUUUCACGAAGCCCCCGACGAACAGUUCUUGUGCUGAGUUUGCAUGGCUGUGUGCUCGAUUUUAUACACCUGUCACACGGGUGUGGCUGAAUAGCCGAAUCCACUAAUUUGAAGGGGUGUUCACAUACUUUUUAUAUAUUAUAGUAGAGAGAGAGAGAGAGAGCGAGAGAGAGACAGGAGAGAGAGAGAGAGAGAAGAUAGAGACAGAGAGAGAUAGAGCGAGAGAGAGAGACACACAGAGAGAUAGACACAGAGAGAGAGACACAGAGAGAGAGAGACCAGAGAGAGAGAGAGAUAGAUAGAGAGAGAGAGAGAGAAGAGAGAGACACAGAAGAGAGACACAGAGAGAGAGAAGAGAGAGAGAGAGAGAGAGAGAGAGGAGAGGAGAGAGAGAGAGAGAGAGAGAGCGAUAGAGAGCGAGAGAGAGAGAGAGAGACAACACAGAGAUAGAGACCAGAUAGAUAGCCAGAGAGAGAGAGGAGAGAGAGACGAGAGAUAUAGAGUGAUGAGAGAGAGAGAUAGAUAGAGGGAGAGAGUCGAAAGAGAAUAGAUAGAUGACACACGAGAUAGAGACCAGAUCGAGACGACACAGAGAGCUAGAGAGAUAGAGGAGAGAGAGAGAGAAGUGACCACAGAGAGAGAGAGCACAGAGGAGAGAGCCACAGAGAGAGAGAGAAGACACGAGACACAGAGAGAGAGAGAGAGAGAUAGUAUAGACACAGCGAGAGAUGGAGAAGAUCUAUUGUGCCUUUAUCUCCAGCCACGCCCUGUCGCCAUGGCUACGGUUAAACACCUUUAUCAUUAAUGCUGCCACGGCUCCACCUACACUGUCAGCCUGCCCUCGGGUGAACUAUGAAUGAGAGGCAAGUAGCUCUGGGAAGCCAGCCCAACCUCAUGGCUACCUGGCUCCUGUCUGGUGUGUUGUGUUGUGUCUCAUCAGGAACAUUAGUCACCAGCCACACCCCUGCUUUCCACUAUUAGACCCCAUCACUCUGUUGACUUCAACUCCACUUUACAAUAAGUCUAAUUGUUGGCUACGUCCCAAAUGACACUAUUUUUUUCCCUUAUGUAGUGCUCUUCUGUAAAGGGCUCUGGUCAAUAGUAGGACACUAUAAAGGGAAUAGGAAGCCAUUUGGGAAACAGCCAUUCCCUUCACAGAUGUUGCCAUGUUGUUCAAACAGAACGGUGUGAAAAGGAGGAGGAGGAGGAGUCUGAGCCUGGAUGAAGUGAAUAACACCGUAGCUUCAGGCGUUUACCCAAUGUACUCAUGGACUCAUUCAAUAAUAACAUUACUUUCCCAUUGCCCUCCCUUAGCUCCAGGCUUUAAAUCAUGGAGAAAUAACACUCCCCUCCCUUACAUGAUCCUGGUUCAGCCUCUUACUCAUGGACUCAUAAAAGGUGGAACAUGUCUGGGAUUGAGCCUUGGGCAUGACAAGCCUGGCCCUGGGAUAAACACUUAGGCCUGUAUCCACAAAGUGUCUUGAGUAGGUGCUGAUCUGUGAUCAGUUUGGCCUUUUAGAUCAUAAUGAAUAAGAUGGUGGCCUCCCGAGAGGAGGAAGAAGAGGAGGAGGGGGGGGGGGGGGGAAGGAAAGAGGAAGGAGGAGGAGGGGGGGGGGGGGGGGGGGGGGGGAGGAGAAGAUGAGGAGGAGGAGAGGGGAGAGGAGGAGGAGGAAGAUGAGGGGGAGGAGGAGGAGGGGGGGGGAGGAGGAAGAUGAGGAGGAGGGGGGGGAGAGGAGGAGGAGGAGGAGGAGGAAGAUGAGGAGGGGGGGGAGAGGAGGAGGAGGAGGAGGAAGAUGAGAGGAAGAGAAGGAGGCUAGUCCUCGAUCUGUACCUAGGAUGAACUUCACCCUGGAGCUCACUGAAUAUAGCCUGGUCCCAGAUCUCACUGAAUAUAGCCUGGUCCCAGAUCUCACUGAAUAUAGCCUGGUCCCAGAUCUCACUGAAUAUAGCCUGGGUCCCAGAGCUCACUGAAUAUAGCCUGGUCCCAGAUCUCACUGAAUAUAGCCUGGUCCCAGAUCUCACUGAAUAUAGCCUGGUCCCAGAUCUCACUGAAUAUAGCCUGGUCCCAGAUCUCACUGAAUAUAGCCUGGGUCCCAGAUCUCACUGAAUAUAGCCUGGGUCCCAGAUCUCACUGAAUAUAGCCUGGUCCCAGAUCUCACUGAAUAUAGCCUGGUCCCAGAUCUCACUGAAUAUAGCCUGGUCCCAGAUCUCACUGAAUAUAGCCUGGUCCCAGAUCUCACUGAAUAUAGCCUGGGUCCCAGAUCUCACUGAAUAUAGCCUGGUCCCAGAUCUCACUGAAUAUAGCCUGGUCCCAGAUCUCACUGAAUAUAGCCUGGGUCCCAGAUCUCACUGAAUAUAGCCUGGUCCCAGAUCUGUUUGUGCUGUCUUGCCAACUCCUAGGUCAUUGUCAUGCCAAACAUGUAGUGGCAAGACAGCACAGAACUGGGACCAGGCUACAUUGAAUGGCUUCUCAUGAAAAAACCUCCCAUCUUUCUGUUUGGGUUAAUCAAUGAAUAACUUCUUUAUUUUCUCUGUUUCUUGGUUGGUAGGACUGAUGGAGGGAACAGCUGUGUGGGACCAGACAAGUCCUACCGCUCAUGUAACAUCCAGGUAAACAACAUUCUUGGUGACGUGCCUAAGUACAUCCCUUAAUGGUGUAAUUCACUAUAACCCACGGGUUCUCAUGAAUUAUUGCUUUAGUAUUUGAUCUUGAUGUCAGGUAAAUUCUGUGAUUCACCCAUAAACCCUCUUCUCACCGUGACUGCAACUACCCCGUCAACUACCGGUGCCCCCCGCCACAUUGACUCUGCACCGGGUACCCCCCCUGUAUAUAUAGCCUCCCUACUGUUAUUUUAUUUUACUUCUGCUCUUUUUUUGUUGUUGUUUUAUUUUUACUUUUUUUGUUAAAAAUAAAUGCACUGUUGGUUAAGGGCUGUAAGUAAGCGUUUCACUGUAAUGUCUGCACCUGUUGUAUUCGGCGCAUGUGGCCAAUAACAUUUGAUUUGAUUUGAUUUGAUUGAUGAUAGCUAUACACCUGUGGAGUUCCUCCUGUCUCUACGUCAUCCUCUCUGAUACAUAGUAAUAUAUCUGAUUUAUGUCUUAAAUCACACAGACCUACUGUUGGUGUAACUCUCUCACAGCUGUGAGAUCAGUUGUUAAUCUUUGGGAAUCAACCAUAUUUUCUAUGUUCAGUUCAUACCAAGACAUUGAUGGGAAAGAACCAACAAAAACAAGGUGUUGUACAAUAGUGCACUGUCUUUCUGCCCAUGCCCUGACCCUAACCCCUGACCUGUGAGCCCCUAAUCCCUGACCCCUAAUCCCUGACCCCAUACCUCUCAUUGCGUAUCACACAGGACUGCCCAGAGGGAUCCAGAGACUUCAGAGAGGAACAGUGUUCUCAGUUUGAUGGAUCUGACUUCCAGGGAAAACGCUACAAGUGGCUUCCAUACUAUGGAGGUGAGUCAAGACAGGAGAGCCUGAAGCAAGGGGCAUUGGGGCAAGUCAUUAGGGGUAUAAGGUUUGGUAAUGACUGUAUACUGUAAUUAGGGGUAUAAGGUUUGGUAAUGACUGUAUACUGUAAUUAGGGGUAUAAGGUUUGGUAAUGACUGUAUACUGUAAUUAGGGGUAUAAGGUUUGGUAAUGACUGUAUACUGUAAUUAAGGGUAUAAGGUUUGGUUAUGACUGUAUACUGUAAUUAGGGGUAUAAGGUUUGGUAAUGACUGUAUACUGUAAUUAGGGGUAUAAGGUUUGGUAAUGACUGUAUACUGUAAUUAGGGAUAUAAGGUUUGGUAAUGACUGUAUACUGUAAUUAGGGGUAUAAGGUUUGGUAAUGACUGUAUACUGUAAUUAGGGGUAUAAGGUUUGGUAAUGACUGUAUACUCUAAUUAGGGGUAUAAGGUUUGGUAAUGACUGUAUACUGUAAUUAGGGGUAUAAGGUUUGGUAAUGACUGUAUACUGUAAUUAGGGGUAUAAGGUUUGGUAAUGACUGUAUACUGUAAUUAGGGGUAUAAGGUUUGGUAAUGACUGUAUACUGUAAUCAGGGGUAUAAGGUUUGUAUGACUGUAUACUGUAAUUAGGGUAUAGGUUUGGUAAUUACUGUAUACUGUAAUUAGGGGUAGAAGGUUUGGUAAUGACUGUAUACUGUAAUCAGGGGUAUAAGGUUUGGUAAUGACUGUAUACUGUAAGUGUGUUGACUUGGAAUACAGUGAACUGAACAACAAUGUUCAGCGGACAUUUACAUUACAUUUACAUUUACGUCAUUUAACAGACGCUCUUAUCCAGAGCGACUUACAAAUUGGUGCAUUCACCUUAUGAUAGCCAGUGGGACAAACACUUUAAAAUUAUUUUUUUUAUAUAUUUUACUUUAUAGUAUAUUUUUAUUUUCAUUUGUUUUUAUAUAUAUAUAUAUAUAUAUAUAUAUAUAUAUAUAUAUUUAUUUUUUGUGGGGGUGGGGGGGUAGAAGGAUGACUUUUAUACUAUCCCAGGUAUUCCUUAAAGAGGUGGGCCAUUUAAAUAUAUUACUGGUAAAGGUAUGACGACUACAGAUGAGAAAAGGUCAAAGAAAUGUGUGUGUCUGUCUCUCACCCUGUGUGUGUCUGUCUCUCACCCUGUGUGUCUGUCUCUCACCCUGUGUGUCUGUCUCUCACACCUUUGUGUCUGUCUCUCACCCUUGUGUGUCUGUCUCUCACCUGUGUGUCUGGUCUCUCACCCUGUGUGUCUGUCUCUCACCUGUGUGUCGUCUGUCUCACCCUGUGUGUGUCUGUCUCUCACCCUGUGUGUCUGUCUCUCACCCUGUGUGUCUGUCUCUCACCCUGUGUGUGUCGGUCUCUCACCCUGUGGUUGUCUUGUCUCUCACCUGUGUGUGUCUGUCUCUCACCCUGUGUGUCUGUCCCUCACCUGUGUGUCUGUCUCUCACCCUGUGUGUAUGUACUCUCACCCUGUGUGUCUGUCUCUCACCCUGUGUGUGUCUGUCUCUCACCCUGUUUGUGUCUGUCUCUCACCCUGUGUGUGUCGUCUCUCACCCUGUUGUGUCUGUCUCUCACCCUGUGUGUCUGUCUCUCACCCUGUGUGUUGUCUUCACACUCUCACCUGUGUUCUGUCCUCCCCUGUGUGCUGUCUCUCACCCUGUGGUGUUGUCUUCUCAAUGUUCUCCUCACUGUUGUGUGUCUGUCUCUCACACCUGUUGUGUGUCUGUCUCCCUCUCACCCUGUGUGUGUCUGUCUCUCACCCUGUGGUGUCUGUCUCUCACCCUGUGUGUGUCUGUCUCUCACCCUGUGUGUCUGUCUCUCACCCUGUGUGUCUGUCUCUCACCCUGUGUGUCUGUCUCUCACCCUGUGUGUCUGUCUCUCACCCUGUGUGUGUCUGUCUCUCACCCUGUGUUGUCUGUCCUCCCCUUGUCUGUCUCUCACCCUGUGUGUGUCUGUCACCUUGGUCUUCUACCCUUUGUGUGUCUGUCUCUCACCCUGUGUUGUCUGUCUCUCACCCUUGUGUGUCUGUCUCUUCCCCCCCUUUGUGUGUUCUGUCUCUCACCUGUGUGUGCUGUCUCCACCCUGUGUGUCUGUCCUCUCACCCUGUGUGUGUCGUCUCAUCCACCUUUGUGUGUUUCUGUCUCUCACCCUGUGUGUCUUGUCUCUCACCCGUGUGUGUCUCCUCAUGGUCUGUCUCUCACCCUGUUGGUCUUCUGCUACACCCUGUGUGUGUCUGUCUCUCCCCUGUGUGUGUCUGUCCUCACCCUGUGUGUUCUGUCUCAUUGUGCUUCUCUCACCCUGUGUGUUCUGUCCUCAUGUGUCUCUUUCAACCCUGUGUCGUCUCACCCUGUGUCUGUCUCUCGCCCGUGUGUGUCUGUCUCUCACCCUGUGUGUGUCUGUCUCUCACCCUGUUGUGUCUGUCUCUCACCCUGUGUGUGUCUGUCUCUCACCCUGUGUGUGUUUCCCCAACCCUGUGUGUCUGUCUCUCACCCUGUGUGUCUUGUCUCUCACCCUGUGUGUGUCUGUCUCUCACCCUGUGUGUCUGUCUCUCCACCCUGUGUGGUCUGUCUCUCACCGUGUGUGUGGUCUGUCUUCUCACCCCUGUGUUGUCUGUCUCUCACCCUGUGUGUGUCUUCUCUCACCCUGUUGUGUCUGUCUCUCACCCUGGUGUCUGUCUGUUCUCUCACCCUGUGUGUCUGUCUCUCACACUGUGUGUUCUGUCCUCCACCCUGUGUGUCUGUCUCUCACCCUGUGUGUCUGUCUCUCACCCUGUGUGGUCUGUCUCUCACCCUGUGUGUUGUCUGUCUCUCACCCUGUGUGUGUCCUGUCUCUCACCCUGUGUGUUCGUGCUCUCACCCCUGUGGUGUGCUGUCUCUCACCCUGUUGUGUCCCUGUCUCUCCACCCCUGUGUGUGGUCUGUCUCUCACCCUGUGUGUCCUGUCUCUCACCCUGUUGUGUCUGUCUCUCACCCUGUGUGUCUGUCUCUCACCCUGUGGUGUCUGUCUCUCACCCUGUGUGUGUCUGUCUCUCACCCUGUGUGUGUCCUGUCUUCCCUCUGUGUGGUCUGUCUCUCACCCUGUUGUGUCUGUCUCUCACCCUGUGUGUCUGUCUCUCUCACCCUGUGUGUGUCUGUCUCUCACCCUGUGUGUCUGUCUCUACCCUGUGUGUCUGUCUCGUCCACCGUGUUGUCUGUCUACUCACCCUGUGUCGUGUCCUAUCUUCUCACUCCUGUGUGUGUCUGUCUCUCACCUGUGUGUCUGUCUCGUCUCACGUGUGUCUGUCUCUGCACCCUGUGUGUCUGUCUCUCACACCUGUGUUUCUUAUGGUUCUGUCUCUCACCCUGUGUGUGUCUGUCUCUUCACCCUGUGUGUGUCUGUCUCUCACCCUGUGUGUCUGUCUUCUCCCCUGUUGUGUCUGUCUCUCUACCCUGUUGGUCUGUCUCUCUCACCUGUGGUGUCUGUCUCUCACCCGUGUGUCGUCUGUCUCUCACACCCUGUGUGGUGUCCUGUCUCUCACCCUGUGUGUGUCUGUCUCUCUCACCUGUGUGUGUCUGUCUCUCCACCCUGUGUGUCUGUCUCUCACCCUGUGUGUUGUCUGUCUCUCACCUGUGUGUCUGUCUUUCUCACCCUGUGUGUGUCUGUCUCUUCACCCUGUGUGUCUUGUCUCUCACCCUGUUGUGUCUGUCUCUCACCCUGUGUGGUGUCUGUCUCUCACCCUGUGUGUCUGUCUCUCACCCUGUUGGUGUCUGUCUCUCACCCUGUGUGUCUGUCUCUCACCCUGUGUGUGUCUGUCUCUCACACCUGUGUCUUCUGUGUCUUUCUCACCCUGUGUGUCCUGUCUCUCACCCUGUGGUGUGUCUGUCUCUCACCUUGUGUCUGUCUCUCACCCUGUGUGUGUCUGUCUCUCACCUGUGUGUGUCUCGUGUCUCACCCGUGUGUCUGUCUCUCACCUGUGUUCGUCUCUCACACCCUGUGUGUGUCUGUCUCUCACCCUGUGUGUCUGUCUCUUCACCCUGUUGUGUCUGUCUCUCCCCUGUGUGGUCUGUCUUACCCUGUGUGUUGUCUGUCCCUCUCACCUCUGUGUGUGUCUGUCUCUCCCGGUGGUGUCUGUCUCUCACCCUGUGGUGUCUUUCUCUUCACCCUGUGUGUGUCUGUUCUCGUGUCUCUCUCACCUGUGUGGUUGUCCUCCCCACCCUGUGUGUUCUUGGGUCUCUCACCCUUGUGUGUGUCUGUCCUUCUCGCACCCUGUGUGUCUGUCUCUCACCAUGUGUGUGCUCCUCACCCUGUGUGUGUCUGUCUCUCACCCUGUGUGUCGCUUCCUUGUCUCCUCCACCCCUGUGUGUGUCUGUCUCUCACACCCUGUGUGUCUGUCUCUCACCCUGUGUGUCUGUCUCUACCCUGUGUGUGUCUGUCCUCUCCCCUGUGGUGUCUGUCUCUCACCCUGGUGUGUCUGCUGUCUCUCACCCUGUGUGUCUGUCUCUCACCCUGUGUGUGUCUGUCUCCCCUGGUGUGUCUUCUCACCCUGUGUGUCUGUCUCUCACCCUGUGUGUCUGUCUCUCACCCUGUGUGUGUCUGUCUCUCACCCUGUGUGUGUCUGUCUCUCACCCUGUGUGUCUGUCUCUCACCCUGUGUGUCUGUCUCUCACCCUGUGUGUGUCUGUCUCUCACUGUGGUGUCUGUCUCUCACCCUGUGUGUCCUGUCUCUCACCCUGUUGUGUCUGUCUCUCACCCUGUGUGUGUCUGUCUCUCACCCUGUGUGUGUCUGUCUCUCACCCUGUGUGUCUGUCUCUCACCCUGUGUGUCUGUCUCUCACCCUGUGUGUGUCUGUCUCUCACCCUGUGUGUCUGUCUCUCACCCUGUGUGUCUGUCUCUCCCCCUGUGUGUGUCUGUCUCUCACCCUGUAUGUGUCUGUCUCUCACCCUGUGUGUCUGUCUCUCACCCUGUGUGUGUCUGUCUCUCACCCUGUUUGUGUCUGUCUCUCACCCUGUGUGUGUCUUUCUCUCACCCUGUGUGUCUGUCUCUCACCCUGUGUGUCUGUCUCUCACCCUGUGUGUGUCUGUCUCUCACCCUGUGUGUCUGUCUCUCACCCUGUGUGUGUUGUCUCUCACCCUGUGUGUGUCUGUCUCCCACCCUGUGUGUGUCUGUCUCUCACCCUGUGUGUCUGUCUCUCACCCUGUGUGUCUGUCUCUCACCCUGUGUGUGUGUCUCUCACCCUGUGUGUCUGUCUCUCACCCUGUUUCUGUCCUCUCCCGCCUGUGUGUGUCUGUCUCUCACCCUGUGUGUGUCUGUCUCUCACCCUGUGUGUGUCUGUCUCUCACCCUGUGUGUCUGUCUCUCACCCUGUGUGUGUCUGUCUCUCACCCUGUGUGUCUGUCUCUCACCCUGUGUGUCUGUCUCUCACCCUGUGUGUGUCUGUCUCUCACCCUGUGUGUGUCUGUCUCUCACCCUGUGUGUGUCUGUCUCUCACCCUGUGUGUGUGUCUCUCACCCUGUGUGUGUGUCUCUCACCCUGUGUGUCUGUCUCUCACCCUGUGUGUGUGUCUCUCACCCUGUGUGUCUGUCUCUCACCCUGUGUUUCUGUCUCUCACCCUGUGUGUGUUGUCUCUCACCCUGUUGGUUUGUCUCUCACCCUGUGUCUGUCUCUCACCCUGUGUGUGUGUCUCUCACCCUGUGUGUCUGUCUCUCACCCUGUGUGUGUCUGUCUCUCACCCUGUGUGUCUGUCUCUCACCCUUUGUGUCUGUCUCUCACCCCCACCAGCGGAUAACCCUUGUGAGCUGAACUGUAUACCCAGAGGAGAGAACUUCUUCUACCGUCACAAGACAGCUGUGGUUGACGGUACACCCUGCCACCCCGGGAGGAAAGAC